AUGUUCAAUUUAUCCAUUGAAAACGUCCCUGGACUCGUCGUAAAAAACAAUAAUAAAAACGAAGCUGGCCUCGAUGAAUCAGAAAAAAAACCAUCCUUUUACGCCAACGCGAUACGCGCUUUUCAAGAGAAUCCUCUAGCCAUUUAUCUAUCAGAAUUCACCUUCGACGAACCCAUAAGAUUGAUCACGCACAAAAACGAAAUUACCUUCACCUUAUAUGGAUACUGCAUCGACGAUCAAUGUCCCCAGCCUUCGAUGACCCAUAAUUUCGACGAGCCUUCGGAGAUCACCAAUGGUCCGUCGCCACCUAAUGUAAAGAGGUUUGAUCCUAGUGACAUUGGGUCCACCGUUGGAUCUACAAUUGGGUCCACUGUUGGGUCCACUGUGAGCACUGUUGAGAAUGCCGGAAAUACCGCUGUCAAUGAAACUAAACAAAUCGUUGACGAUGCCUCUAAUCUAUUAUCUUCGUUUUUAAAUGGCCUUGCUAACUUCAAGCCGGAACCAUUAUACCCGGCAUCGGAAGUCAACACACGGGACCAGGAAUUCAUUUGGCUGGUUGGAGUGCCUUAUUCUUAA